AUGGGUCGUGUUAUCCGUGGUCAGCGUAAGGGUGCUGGCUCUAUUUUCAAGUCGCACACACACUUGCGUAAAGGCCCUGCUGCUUUCCGUGCUUUAGACUUUGUCGAACGUACUGGUUACAUUAAAGGUGUUGUCAAGGAGAUCAUCCACGAUUCUGGUCGUGGUGCGCCUUUGGCUCGGGUGACUUACCGUGAUCCGUACCGUUUUCAGCUCAAGCAUGAACUAUUGAUUGCUGCUGAGGGUAUGUACACGGGUAUGUUCAUUUACUCGGGUCCAAAGGCUAUUCUGGCUGUAGGCAACACCUUGCCUUUGUCAGCCAUGCCGGAAGGUACCAUUGUGUGUAACGUGGAGGCCAAGGUUGGUGACCGUGGCUCGUUUGCCCGUGCUUCGGGUGACUACGCUGUUAUUGUGACCCAUGAUGAAGACAAGGGCAAGACCAAGUUGCGUCUACCUUCGGGUUCUAAGAAGACCGUUUCUUCGGCAUGCCGUGCUAUGGUUGGUGUUGUUGCUGGUGGAGGUCGUACCGACAAGCCAAUCCUUAAGGCAGGACGUGCUUUCCACAAGUACCGCGUCAAGCGUAACGAGUGGCCGCGUGUGCGUGGUGUUGCCAUGAACCCCGUGGAGCACCCUCACGGUGGUGGUAACCACCAGCACAUUGGUCAUCCGUCGACUGUUCGUCGUGAUGCCCCUGCUGGUAAGAAGGUUGGUCUUAUUGCUGCUCGUCGUACGGGCCGUCUUCGUGGAAUUAAGAAGAUGGAGAAGGACAGCUAA